CCAUUACCGGAAGCACACUGAAUAGGGGUGGACUUCUUCCUCCCUUCAGUGUGUUUCAUCAGCCACGAGAUUUCAUAUCCAGUUUCCAUAAGAGUUUCUCUCCGGUGUUUCACAGAGAUGGGGGACCCUUUAACCGCGUACACAGCCCGGCUGCAGCAGCAGGUAAGCGGCCUGUUUUGUACGGAAAGACGUUAACGUUAGCGAGCGGGCUGUAUGUGCGCGUGGGGACAGCCGGUACACCGGUAUCAGCUACACUCAGACCGGCAUGGGGAGGCGCAAGCCAAACACUGUUGAAAAAUCAUUCAGUUCAUUACAUAUCUGCAUUUAAUAAAAAACAGAUACAUCACAGAAGAAAUUGAAGGAUGCCACCAUUGUACGUAGCCACUACUCUAAAAUUCGGCUUAAAGUAUUGACACAAAACACCACAUUUUUAAGUUGAAAUUCAAUAUUGUUUUCUGUGGUUUAUUGUCAUAUGUGUCAAACAGAAAGGCACACUCUCCGACACUGGACCAAACUCCCUACAACAAACCCUCAAUUAAAUCGGUGUCCGUCACUAAGUAUGUGAAAAAAACAUAUGAAAAUAUUAGAAGAGCAUUCCUGGAGGAGAAUAAGUUCUCUCUCAUUUUGAUAAAUAGACCACAGUUUGGGAACUUUAUUUUGCAAUCACUGACAUAUAAUACGGAGUAACGGAUUUGUGAACUAACACCUAAGACCAGAGUUAAAGGUAAUAAGAGUUAAACACAAGAUUCAGUGUCAUGAAAGGAUACACAGUUUAGUCUUGUAAAAACUUUCACAAAUAUUUUACUUUACUCCUAUGGAUGAUGGGACGAUGAUUAAAUGGUCAUAUUCUCUUUUAGUCUUAGCUGUAGAUGUAAUAUUAAAACAACCACUAAAUCUGUAUACAAAAGUCAUAUUUGUGAUGGUAUCAACAACAUGUGAUUGAUUAAGACUUGACAAAUAAUUGAGUUUAGGGACAGCUCCAAAACACACCAGCAAGCCCACAAAAACAGGAUUUUUAUCCUUUAUUUUCUGGAAUUAAAUUAACAUAUUACUUGGAUCGAAAAGUUGGAAAAAGCCGUAUCAACAUUUGUUUUGAUACAGUAGAUGAUGUGAAAAACUGAGAAAUGGUCAUGUCAGUAGAAAUGUAAACUUUUAUGUCAUCAGCAGCUGAAGAUUAAAUACACAACAUGGUCAGCUGAGUCAAAGGAGGGACAGUCCUCGUCAAACAUUACUCCCAUGCAAGUGAAACUAGCUUAGUCAAAUUAUUACUCAACUAAUUAGUUACUAUUAUAAUAUUCUUCACUAAUUUGAUCCACAAUCUCUGUGUGUUAAUUCAGUUAUUGUGAAUCUCCCUGCAAACAGUCUGAAUGUGAGAGACAACCAUGUCAUGUGGUCUUAAAUUUUCUGUCUGUUGUGGUUGAUAUAAACUCGAAGUAUGAGUCUUUGACCCAAGAUAACAAAGCGGUGGCUUUAGGACGACUGUGUGAGUGUCCUUGACAGCCAGAGCCCAGACCCGAACCCACUUGAACAUCUCUGGAGAGAUCUGAAAAUGAUGUGCACUGAUGUUCUCCAUCUAACUUGGUGGAGCUUGAGAGGUUCUGCAAAGAGGAAUGGGAGAACCUGCCCAAAGAUAGGUGUGCAAAGCUUGUAGCAUCAUCCUCAAAAAGACUUGAGGCUGUCAUGGCUGCCAAAGGUGUGUCUACAGAAUACUGAGCAGCAAAGGCUGUGAAUACUCAUGUACAAAACAUCAUGUUUAAAACUUGAAUGUUUUCUUUACAUAUUUUACAAACUUCAAACUUCUGCUCAUAUAUUUAUUUAUAUUGUGCUGAUAUCUGUUAUGAAAGUAAUUGCAAAGCCCAGAUUUCUCUCCAAGUCUGAACAGUGUGUCUGAUUGUCACCCUGACGAAGAAUAAACAAACUGAGCAGACAUUUGAAUUAAUUUAUGAUUGAGAAAGAAAUAACCAUAUUAAGUCAAAAACAACCUAUCUGACGUUCAAUCAACUGCCAGACUGAGCUGGAAAAAAUCUGUUUGAAUAAAUUCAACUUUCUAGCUGAUGUGAAGUUCUUAAAGUGGUGUUUGGUGCCCUCUUGUGGUGCCUGUUGAGAUUUUGGGGGUUUCUGAGCGAGAGAAAAAGCACCAAAAGCUCCAUGUUCUCUAAAUGUUCUUGUUAUUCAAAUUAAUAGUAAAAAGACAAAAAUGUUAAAUAAGUUUUUGUGUAUUUAAGUUUUUGCAUCACUUUUGAAAACCCAGAACCAGAUUUUAUCCGUAAAUUCUCUUUAAAAAACAAACAAACAUGAUUUAUGGUUAAAAAACAAACGUAGCUCUGAAUUUCCAGGUGGGGUGUCAGGUUCAUAUGAAAUACAGGAUGUUUUUGAGGUCAGUUUAAAACAUUAGUUUUUGUCGCAUCAUACUCUAAAGAGAAAGUAUCUUUUACUUUCAUUUCUUAAUCUCUCAGACACACCCAUCCUUAUUUUCAGAGAACCGUCUUACAGGAAAUUAGCUCCACUUCUCUGUAUAUAAAAAAGCCUUUGUAAAAGUUCUGAUCUGAAAGUUCGUUAAGAUCUGAAAGUUUUAUCAGAAAGUUAAUCCACAGUCAUGAAAACUGUCGUUUAGCAAAUUUGCAAGUUUCUUAAAACACAACACUUAAUAAUAGUAAAAAAGUCACAUCCGCAUUAUAUAGGCAUUUAUUCCACUGUCUCCACCAGGGUGACUGGUAUCGAAUGGAACUAAGCAAGGGAUUUGUCAGCAGCCCUAAUAUGGAGUUCUGAAUAUCUGUCAAUCUGCAAUAAUUAUCAUAGAUAAAUGAAUUAAUACUUUAAGAAGGGGUCCAGCUUCUCAUGCCACAGAAUGGCCACUCCUCCUUCAAUUCGACCUUUCACCAAACCUAAAGACAAGUCAGUUGUUGAUUAACCAGCUCCAAGAAAACUGACAUUAAAAGUGAUCAGCUUCCCCGAAUCUUGUUUACUUAAAAAAGUUUCUUGCAAGCGUAAAAAGUCGUAGUUUUGUGGCUAUCCACAACAAUGCGUCAGGCUCUGUCCCCUGCGCUUCUUCCAACACGCAGUCCACGACAAUUGUAAGACAACAUGCUUGUAAUUAAGUGAUCAAUGCAUUUGCAGGAUGAUAAUGCGUUGACAAGUAACAUAAUUACUGCUGCUGUAAAAUCAGUGACUAACUUUAUUGAUAGGAAACCGUCCUGCGCAGCAUCAUUUGCAAACAAAUGAAAGGUGGAGUAGCAGGGUGCUGUAGUCCAAGAGCUUGCAUCAGUAGGAAGUGAAAGCUGGUUGGUUGUCCUGUAAGAUUAUCACCGCCUGCAGCAGAUCUGCUUUCACUAUUCUAGACUGAGAUUGACUCAUGAAGGGUGUCUGCUCUUAGACCGGCCUACAAGUUACAGCAAAAAAAGUAAGAUGAUGUUUUUCUUUUCUGUUUUGAAGGCCUGUGAAAAAUAUCGAAGUACAGUGUGUUUAACUUUUCUCUUUUGGAUUCUUAAUCAGAACCUGUUUCUUUAUUAGAAUAAGAAGAAUAAUUGCAACUUUUGAGGAUGGGGAAAAGAGAUGUUUUUAUUUUUAUAUUUGGCGGUACAAAAAAGACUGACCAUUAACAGAGUCAUCAUGAAAUGUUUUGGAUUAGACAUUUUCAAAAAAUUUCAGCGCUCAACUUUCAACCAAAAAGUCGGAUGAUUUUCUUUUAAAAUCGUAAAAUUAAAACCUAAUUUUGUUUUCGUGAUCUUUCAAACAGAUUCUGUGAAAAUCUAAGAGUUCAAUUUGUAAUAACGGAUUUUGUUGCAUCAUGCAUGAACUGCUUUCUGUUUCAGUUUUACUCAAUUGUAAUCCCCACCCCCAUGUUUGUUAUCAGUUAUCUAAGCAAAAUUAUUGCUGGUUAUUAACUGAUAAGAAACAGUGUCAGACAAGGUGAGUCCCCCUUAGACAGACUGAAAAGGUCAUUACGGUUUGUCCCUUUAAUUCUUGAGGUCAUAUUUGCUAAUAGUUUGACAAAUUUCAGAAUACCCAAGGGUAUGAGGGGUGUCCUACAACUGCAAACUUCCAAGUUGCUUAAAAACUUAAUCAACUAAAUGAUUUAAUUAACUCACCAUCACCCCUGCUAUGUAGGGCAAGAUCUGUUAUCUGUACUUCCUGACAUUAUGAGUGCAGACAUGAGCUGGAGCCUCUGAGCUGUUUAUUCCUCUCAGUUUUUUUUUUUAAAGAGCUGAAAACAAAAGUAAAACUAUGAACUUCCUCUUGUUUUUGAGAACAGCGGCUUUGAUCGUCUGGGUGGCGCCUCAUCUAUUCAUUUUUGUAGAUGCACAUAAUUACAGUAUUGAAUGGCACAAACUUGAUUAGCCUCAGUCAUACACUAAAGUAGAGUGUUUGUGGAGGAGACUAAAUUGAGUGUGUGUUUUUGUUCGCAGGAGCAGGAGAUUCGGAGUCUUUCUGCAGAGAUCGAGAGUCUUAAAAACCCACAAAACCAGAGACCAUCUCCACGGUUAGAGGAGCUGAGGGAGGAAAACGCCAAACUCAAAUACCGUCUCAACAUCUUAAAGAGGGUGAGUGACACAGACAGCAGGAGUCUACGCUCUAAGUCCAGUUUCCUGUUAUUGAGUCAGUUCUUACAUGUGAAGGUUGGUGGCUGAAAUUAUCCACGAAGAACUGGGGCGGUGUGACCAUUAAACUCUGUCUGCUUUUUUACAAACUUUUACGCAGCCUUUUGGACUUUUUUUCAUCAAAAUCUGACUCAACCAUUUAUUUUUAUUUUUAUUUUUUAGUAUUUUUUGGGUGUUUUUUUUCCUUUUAUUUGCCUUUUUUUUGCCUUUUAUUGCUGCACAUGGUCAGGGCCGGACGCGACCACUGCAGGGACGGUGCUCCCCAUACGUGGGGCGUGUUAACCUGCUCGGCCAUCUGUGCCCCGACCAUUCUGCUAUCAUUUUUUUAAAAGGGAUACAAAGACUUGUUUCUCUACUCUGAGCUAGCUUUGGUUAAAUCUUCAUGACAAAGUUUCAAUACCAAGAAAAAGUGAUCUUGAAAUACCGGAGCGUUGUGAAACAGCCACUCACAAGUUCAUUUCUUAAAAUCCAGAUGACUCGUGUUUCCAGAAAUGCCGAAUCUUGUCAAAGUUAAUGCAGUUUUAAUUUAACAUUUUCACUGGAACUUCCUUUCAAAUAAUUUUUCUUUGAAUUUCAUUUUCUCCAAACUCAUAGUAACUGAUUGUAAACUUGUAACAGCAAAAAAAGAGAAUAAACAACCUGGUUUUAAAAUCUAUAAAAUAUCCUCUGAACAACUCCUGACAAAGGGGAUUAGAAAUAGUGGUUUCAGUUUAGGAAAUGUCAGGGCCUUAUAAAUAUAUAAAACACAGAGACAGAGUGGACCAACCUUAGUAUAAAGUAUCAUAAUUAUCACCUGUAAUAAAAAAAAUGAUGCUGUGUGGCGUCAAUUAAACUCUCAAAGGAGCAGUUCUUGGUUUUCUAGGUGGGGUCCUAUAAGGCACGCAUUAGUCACAGGUGGACUUUGAGCAGUAGAUAACAGUAAGGACGUCCCCUUUCAGCCCUGAACUCAAGAAAAAAGUCAUUUUAGUCCAAAUGUGAGCUACAGUUAAAGUUUGAUCCUGCGUGGAAGAAUCCUGCAGCCAUCGUGUAUCUUGGUGUCAACAACAGUUUGAUUAGAUAUCGGAAAAACUCGACCAUUCUCCAUGUUCGUGAUGACGUGCAGAGGCAUCAGGUGUGUGAGAUCUACACGCAUCUUUAAGUUUUUAGAGAGACAAAGAUGCACACGCUUCACGAGAAGUGUCAUUCUUUCGACCAAUCUGUGGAUUGCAUGGUGCCUAGCUGCUUCUCUGCACUUGAACAGCUGCUGGUGUUGAUGGUUUCGUUUUCAACUUUGAACAGGGGAAUGCAAACAACUGACCGAACCAGACCGCAAAGUGGAAAGGCAGCUUUUUAUCAGACUAAGAUCAUUUCAUUUGCCAAUUGCAGACAAAUAACAACAUGGCAUCUGGAGAAUAUUUCAGUCUGUGCGGAUGUAAAAGUUUGUUGUUGUACAAAGUUGAGAAGUUUAAGUUUGUUUAGUAGCUGUAAGAGCAGCAGCACCCAGAUUUCCUUCACAUCCUCACCUUGAAUCUUCAAAUGCUGCAGAUGGGAGACAUAAUGACAUGAAAGGAGAGAAGCAGCUAAAGGCAGAUAGCACCCUCUAGUGUUCAAAGAGGGUGCUAACUUUCAUUUUAAUCUUAAAAUCAUCAUUGCAUGUGUUGAUUUUCUAAUUUUUAUAUCCCUAUCUUCACUUUUUGAGCAUCUUUACAUCCAAUUGAGCAGUUUGGACUUAACUUUGAAGACAUGAAGAAAACUGAUGUUUACUUGACACGUUUAAGUCAGUGGAAGAAACUUGUUUCCGAGUGUCAUCCAUGUAUUAGUCAGAAGUCAUCUUCUUGAUUGAGCUGUAGGAGUCAGAUGGUCCAAACAGAGUUCCCUCUGUGGUUUCUGUAUUUACCCCCUGUGUUAUAACUCCACUCACCUCUUUGUUCGCAGGAAGAGAAAGCUCACUGCAGUAAAGCCAUGUUGAACAUAAAUCAGCACCUCCAGGAGAUUUUCGGCGAGGCCAUCCGGGCGUCCUGCCCCGAGCUGGACAGCCCCCCGCUGGCCGUCGCACCCAACCAGCAGUCCAAGUUUGGAGACUACCAGUGCAACAGUGCCAUGGCCAUGGCCCAGGUGAGGGAGCCAAGUCUGUCUGUGAAUCACAGAAAAUGACCCAUUUGAGUGAGUAAGGGGAUCCACAAUGUGUCCAGAAUCGGAGUCCAGAUUUAUACAGAUCUGCACAUAAAACAACGUCACCAACUUGAAUGAUCUUUUGCUUGUUUCCCUCAGGUUUUGCAUGUCGAAGUGCAGUUUUCUAUUGUUGGGACUAAACUCUUUGUUAUCUGUCAGUUUUGAUACGUCAUGAGCGGCCCGGGUGUUCAGACUCUCAGAAGUGUGGAAGUUUCUCUUUUCAGGGGUGAACUUGGGGAUGAACCGAUUUUGAUUUUGUCCUCCUGCAGAUGCUGAAGGCGAAGGGAGUGAAAGCCAACCCAAGGGAAAUUGCAGAGAAGAUCAUCCAGAACCUUCCCAAAAACGAUCUCAUCCAGAAAACUGAGAUUGCAGGACCAGGUAGAGUAAAACUCCCGUGUGGAAUUGAACUCAGUUAUUACUUUUUUGAGUGUUGUAUUUAAGUGAUACGUCACAGAUGCAGUUCUAGCUCAGAGAACUUAGGACAUGAAGAUGUAACCAGCUGAUGAACAGCAGAUGGCUUUCUUGUGGGUGGAAUACUCUCCAAAACCAAAAGGUCACACAAAUAAUAACUUUUGGGGCUAGUAGCUUUUAUGUGAUGGGACUGCUUUAAAGAGAGACAGGAGGAAUGGAGAGGGAGGCAUUCACCAAAUCCUGCCAGGAUUGAGAAUCAAUAUUUGGACGAGUGCGAUGAAGACUGGAGCCUUUUUAUGAGGCGGCUGUCCUCCAGCUCAGCUGAACAGAGACCCAGUUUGAUUUUUUAUCCUUCAAAAUAAAACACAGCAAUGUCAGUAUGGUAUUUUAUCAUGAAUCAUCAGUAGACUGAAAUCACACUUGAAUUUAAAGCUCAUAUCAGGAGUUUUAGCUGAUAAUACAACAGACCAAAAACUGAACUGUCAUAGGGUUGGUUUUAGAUGACCUUCCUUCCUUCCUCUCCCUUUCUUUCCUCCUUCCCUCCUUUCCUUCUUUCUUUCCUUUUUCCUUUUAUUGCCCCCUUUCCCCCAAUUUCCUCCUUUCUUUCCGUCUUCCUUUCCUUCCCUUUUCUUCCCUCCUAUCUUUCCUUCUUCCUUCCUUCCCUUGCCCCCUUCUCUCCUACUUUUUAAUAUUUUGUCCCCUCUUUACAUGAUAAUAAUGAAAAAAAAAUUUAAACAUAUUCCAGAAACAUUCGGUACGUAAUAUAUAUAUACAAUGUGCUCCAUUAUCAUCCACCAUGACUUAAACUAAAGUUAUUUAAAACAGGUUAAAUAUUAAUUAAAACUCUUUCAUAGCAAAAAAUAAAGAUAAAAUUAAAUAAUCAAACAUGUUAAAUCUGUUGUUUGAUUUUGCAGCAGGUUAGUAAUAAUGUGUCUUAUCGGUGCAGAAGAAACAGCCUUUUACAGGUUGAACAACAACAUUAAUAUCUUGCUGAGAAAUCUUUGCUGAAAUAUGCAAACUGAUGGUUAAACUAAUAGAUACUAAAAAUGAAAAAUUCUCAUAUAUUUAAGGAAAACUGUCUCUGGUCUCAGGCUGUUUUUUGACCUGCUGUCUUUGUGUUCGCAGGUUUCAUUAACGUCCACCUGGAGAGGAAGUUUGUGUCCAAACUGUUGAGUAACCUGCUGGUUAAUGGAGUGCAGCCGCCCCCGCUGGCCUCCAAGAAACGGGUGAGUCACGGUCGCUCUUUCAUUAUGCUGAUGCGUUUUUUUGGAGGUGACGUUCAUCUUCCCUAUAAUAAGAAAUCCAACGCUCAACUUUUAGAGGCUUAACCGGCUCGACGUUUGACAUGUGUCCGCAGCAGUUAAUUAUGGAUUAUGGAAACUUACAUCCUCGCUUCUCGAUACUGUCCGAGGGGGACGGCAUCCAAACAUAGGGUUUGUUUUUAGCUCACUUUGUAUAAAUGCUGUCCACGUGUUUACGUUCAGGUGGUGGUGGAUUUCUCAUCUCCGAACAUCGCCAAAGAGAUGCACGUGGGUCACCUUCGCUCCACCAUCAUCGGGGAAAGCAUGUGUCGUCUCUUUGAGUUUCUGGGCUACGAUGUCCUCAGGUCAGUCCUCAGGACAUAGCUCAUGAUACUCUAGUCUGUUAUUGAGAUACUUUUAGACACCAUUCUGAGCACCUCUGUUCUUCUCUCCUGCUCAAAGUGUCAGACUCUGCUUGUGUCCUCCUCAGGCUGAACCACGUGGGCGACUGGGGGACUCAGUUUGGGAUGCUGAUCGCUCACCUGCAGGACAAGUUUCCAGACUACUUGACUGUCUCGCCGCCCAUCAGUGACCUGCAGGGCUUCUACAAAGUCAGUGAGAAAUCCACCUGCAACUUAAAACACCUCCAAUGAGUCGUAUCACACCUGCCCCUCAGCUGCUCCUCUCCCUGCUCUCCUCUCUCCACCUUUAGACGUAGUAGGAGCAGAGUUUCAGAUCGCACUCCUGCAGCAGCAGCAGCCUUAGCAUGUUAAAGUUGUGCCUAAAUGCGAACAUCAUCUGUUUUCUUUUGCUUUCGCUUUCCCUCAUUUCUCUCUCCGCGCCUCAUUAACCAUAUACAUCAUCCUCCCUGCUGUUUGUGCGCCCUUCAAUUCUUUCUUUCCUCGCUGUAAUUUCUCCUCCUUCCUUCCUCUUCUCUUUCUUCUCAUCAGGAGUCCAAAAAGCGUUUCGACGAAGAGGAGGAAUUUAAGAAGCGAGCCUACCAGUGCGUCGUCAGACUGCAGAGCAAAGAGCCGGACUUCAUUAAAGCCUGGAACCUGAUCUGUGAUGUUUCCAGGAAAGGUAGACCCCCCCUCUGAUGAGUCUGUUAGUUUUGGAGUCAUAAUAAUCCUCCAUAAAACACACAAAGAGAGUUUUCUUCUGAGCUCUGCAGUCACUGUUCAGUUUUCUUUUAUUUCUAACAUCACAAAUCGCUCCUUGUUUAAUUGAUUGCAUUAGUUUUUUAGGUUGAUCUCUAAGUUCAGACAACAAAUGUGUUGUUCUCCAGAGUUUCAGAGGGUUUAUGACUGCCUGGACAUCACCAUCAUCGAGAGAGGAGAGUCGUACUACCAGGACAUGAUGAAACAGGUGGUGAAGGAGUUCGAAGAGAAAGGUCAGAAUCACUUUUAAACUCAGCUUUUUAAUUCUAAAGUCUGAGAUUUACUUCUUUAAUUCCAGAAACAUGUUUACUAAAAACAUCUCAGAUAUCAGUCCCUGAAUCAUCAGUCUGCAGUUCCCUGGUGUGAACAGUAGAGAGCAGUAUUAUCCCAUGGUUGUGUUCUUCAGAUAUCAGUCUGUCAUGAAAUUUCUCCAGUUUCCACCUUCAUUUCAUUUUCUUCAUCAUCUUUUUCUUCCACCCUUUAUCCCCCCCCCAAACACACACACAAAUCAAACUUACCCACAAUUCCUCUCUUCCUUUCUCUCUUUAAACUUUAUUUUUUAAUGAUAUCCAUUUUCUUUCUUUCUUUCUUUCUUUCUUUCUUUCUUUCUUUCCUUCUUUCUUUCUUUCCUUCCUUCCUUACCUUGGUGUUGUCCUCCCUUAUUCAUGCUCUCCUCAUUCUUACUUUCUUCUUCCCUUCAUCCAUUCUUUCUUACUUCUUCUUUCUCUUCACUCUCUCCCAUCUUCCUUCCUUCCUUUUUCCUUUCCUCCUUUCCUUUCUUCCUUUUCCACUUCCUCAUCUUCCUUCUUUCUGUUUAUCCUUCCUUUCUUCCUUGUUUCCAUCCCUCUGCCCUCUUUUAUUUCUUCCACCUUGAUUGCUCCCCUCCCUCUUCUCAUUCUUCCCUCUGUCCUUUCUUUUCUUCCUUUCUCCUUUCCUUUCCUAUUUCAUUCACCUUCUUCCUUUCUCUUUCCUUCCUUUCUCCUUUCCUUUCCUAUCUUAUCUUUUCUUCUUUUCUUCUUUCCUUUCCUAUUUCAUUCACCUUCUUUCUUUCUCUCUCCUUCCUUUCUCCUUUCCUAUUUCAUCUCUCCUUCCUUUCUCCUUUCCUUUCCUAUUUCAUUCACCUUCUUCCUUUCUCUUUCCUUCCUUUUUCCUUUCCUUUCCUAUUUCAUUCACCUUCUUUUUCAUCUCUCCUUCCUUUCUCCUUUCCUAUUUCAUCUCUCCUUCCUUUCUCCUUUCCUUUUCUAUUUCAUCUUUCCUUCCUUUCUCCUUUCCUUUUCUUUCUCAUUCACCUCCUUCCUUUCUCCUUUCCUUUCUCAUUCACCUCCUUCCUUUCUCCUUUCUCAGGUCUGAGUCAGGUGGAUGACGGCCGAACGAUUGUCUUUGCCCCGGGUCAGUCCAUCCCACUCACCAUCGUCAAGUCUGACGGCGGCUACACCUAUGACACGUCCGACCUGGCAGCCAUCCAUCAGCGAAUCUUUGAAGAGAAAGCCGACAUCAUCAUCUACGUCACGGACAGCGGACAGGUGGGUGAAGAGGAAGGAUGCAGGAGAUCAGAGGGCUGAUGGAUGAGAGGAAAACAAAUGUGUGGAUUUUAAACGGCAAAGAAAAAACAUUUAAACCUUUUUUUUUUAAUCUGGCGUUGUACACGAUACUUCUAUGUGUGUUUUUUUACACAUGUGCGCUCUCUUCCAGGCCACACACUUCCAGGUGGUGUUUGCUGCUGCUCAGAUGAUUGGCUGGUAUGACCCUAAGGUGACCCGGGUGGAGCACGCAGGAUUUGGAGUGGUGCUGGGAGAGGACAAGUGAGUCCUGUCGCUGCAGACGCCUUCUCUACUCUCAUGUCUGUUGAUGUCUCCUCCUCUUUCUUUCUCCUUGACCUCCCUCUCUCUUUUCUCCUCUUUCACACAAACCUUUAGUGAAUCAGGCUCUGAAUAAGUUCAUAAUUUCUGCUCCGUCUGUCCUGAUGUUGUUCGGCGUUGAUCAGUCGUACAGAGAAGAAGAUUACGACUCAUCCCAGGUGGGAGGUCGACUUGAUGCUCUGCAGAGGCUGUAACCAAACGCCCCGUGGUUACAUGAGGGGGCGAAAAUUGGCCUCACGAAAUCUGCACUCCCCCAAACUCCAUUAGAAAUGUCUCAUGCUGUUUUAAUGAUUGCUUAUCCAGACAAUGAGGCACAAAGCGGCCGUAGGGGGAGCUCCUACAGCUGCAAGUAAACAAGGAGGAGAGAAAACGGCGUUACUAUUCUGAUUAUUCUAAAUGUUUGGCUUUUAUAUUCGUCUUAUUUGUUUGUUGUUUAACUUGACAGGAUAAUCGUGUAGUUUGGUGUGAUUUCAACUGUGCACACAAACUCUUACAACUCUCACCAUCACCUCCUUUGUUUCCUGUGAUGGGAUACUGAUGUGAUUCAUGUGUUUUUGCUGAAUAAAAGUCGGACUCGGCUCCUCCCGCUGAAGAUUUUCCGUCAUGUUUUUCUUCAGGAAAAAGUUCAAGACUCGAUCAGGAGACACGGUGAGGCUGAUGGACCUGCUGGAGGAGGGACUGAAGAGGUCCAUGGACAAGCUGAAGGAGAAGGAGAGAGACAAGGUGAGUCACCCAAUGAAAAACUACACCGUUGGCUUCACAAUAAAUCAGUUUGAGCACAUGAAAUCUUUUAACUCUUCUAAAAUGUUAUCAGAGGAUCUUAAUUGGUCCUGAAAAGACUUGAAUUAUUCAAAAGGGACUUUGGUUUUUGUUUCUGGAGAAGUCUUAUUUGGGUCCAAGGCAACAGAGGAAACAAACAAACUGGGAACGUUUGUUUAUUGAUGCUUUAACAUGCUCGUGGUGAAUAUAUUCAAGUCUGGAUCCUCAUGAGGAAUAAAAUCCUGGUUUUAUUCCUGCUCAGCUCGCAGCUGAUUCAUAUUUAAUCAUCUGAAGGAAGUCUGCUUAAAUUCUCUAAUUUCUUCCUGAAUAAUUGCUCAGACUUAAUGGCAGCACCCUCCUCGGUUCCUUCCUGCUGGAACCGUCUCUGGCUCCUUCGUUUAGCUCGUAUUAAAGUCGUUUUAUUCCUGUGUUUCAUGUCGGGUGCUGAAUGUUUGAAAAGCCUCCGUUUAGUAAGAGGUUACGUCCAGCGAGCAGCUCGUUAUUUCUGCUUUGGAUUCACCCUGACCGACGAGGCUUAUUUUACAGUAAUGACCGCCUCACUCUUCAGCAGCCAUUAAGUCUUCCCGUCCUGCACCAUCCGAGCCAAAGCCUGGAUCUUUCUAAUCACACCCUGCUACGAGCAAGACUCAAAUAUGAAACAACGAUAGCAGGAAAUCUUCUCUCUCAUCUGCUGAGCUCUGAGUGCGGUCGCCUUUCUUCUUCUUCUUUUUGACCCUUGUCUAUCGUCUUGUGUUCGCAGCCUCACUGGCGCCUUUCCGGACUCUUUUCUCGUUGUUUUUGGUCGCCAAAAGUUGAAUAUGUUUGAUGAAAUUUCUUUUAGUGUUUAAAAUCGGAGCACCAGGUUUCACGUUUUAAUAUUUACCUCUCAACUCAGACUCAGUUUUUUCAGGCAGCUCCUUUGUCUCAGCGGUAACCAUGGUGAAACCCUCCCACACUAGUUUGCCUUUAAAGAGUGAAACUGCAGUAAAAUAGUCAGAAAAUAAACAUCUAUUUCUGUGUUUCUGCAGCGCUGGCUGAACCAUCAGUGCGCUCUUGCUUGUUGUAGCUUUGAAUUAGUAUUCUGUCUUUUUUUUUUCCAUUUUAAGCAACUUCAGACCUCCAACUUUGAAAUAUUCACUCCUAUUAAAUGAGCACUAGAGACUUUUACUUCUAAAACUUUAAAAAUGUUUAUUUCUUCUGUAAAGAGAGACAUUUAUGAGCGCGCUAGGAAUAAAUUGUUUUAUUAUACGGUGAAAAUGACUGAAUAAGGAAACGACCGCGCGUAACAGUUAUAAUACUUUUCUAAGUCUUCCCCUCACUUUAUGUCUCGCUCAACCAGACCUUGUCAGAAGAAGUCUUUACUGGCUGUAAAGUAAUGGAAAGGAUUUUUCACCUUCUGACCUUUAAAUUGUUGCAGCUCCCCCUCAGAUUCAGUCCAGACAACACCGGUUCCCUUUUGUCCGGAGGCCGUCAUUAGCUGUAGAUUUUUGCUUUACUUCACCAAACCUGCCCUGACCUGCUUAAUCCGGGUGUACGUGUCGGAGCGGUCUACGCUUGAGAGCUCGACAUAAGGAAUUCAAUGUUGACGCGGAGUAUGUACAAACAACCAAACUUGACCUGGUUAAGUAUUAUCUGAAGCGCUUGAUGCGGCGUAAACACUCGCUGACUCCCGGUUGAACUGCUAUGAUUUUAAUGCUGAGAAGGUUUUUGUGAAAGGAGUGCCAGCACGGUUUCCCUGCAGGCCCUCCUGGCCCGGCGCUCUGCUCGCUGUCUGGGUCGGUGCCCACGUCUACCAUCUGCUAACGCUGCCUCAUUAAAACAAACUCCGACCCCGGCCUCCGUGAACCUCAGCCUGCAAGAUCUCUUUUCUCCAGUUGCGCCGGAUUAUUUCUCUUCUGUUAUUCGGUCUUAUGUUCUCCUCCUCCUCUUGUUUUGUUUUUGGACUGCACCAGUGCUUUUGGUAGAUGUGCAGCAUGUCUGAGCUUUUCCCUGCUUAUGAAUCCGUGGACGUGUUUUUGUGGAGGUUUCCAAAUCUAAAGACAUCUAAAGCUUUUUUUUAAUAAGUUCGUUUACAUGUUUGAGUUAGACCAACAACGGGUGGACGACUGAAAAAUAUGUAAAUACAUCAAUCUGACUGAUGAGCAUCUCGCUAGAAUGAUUUGUCAAUUAAUUUGAUACAUGAUUGAUCAACCGGGAGAAGACCUGACAUGCUUUUUGCCAAAUUAAAAGUCCACUUAAAUCUCCUAAUUGAGUCGUAACUGUAGUUCCUCUCAGCUUUGCAUGUUAACUGAAUGUAGGGUGACCAUAUUCUGACUUCAGAGUCACAGAGUCGCACAAACUUAAUUUUAGGUCUUUUUCGUGUUGAUUCGAGUGUCUUUUACGUCCUUCUAACUCAUUAAGUCCUCCUGACACAAAACUCUGGACAUUUGAAGGAUUUUAUAAACUUCCCCAGACAAAGUCGGACAAAUCCAGACAGCCCUGGAAAAGGAGGACAUGUCCCGGUGAAAGAGGAUGUAUUGUCACCCUACUGAAUGACAUAGGUUGUCAUGGUCACCACCAUUACCCGUGCAUGCGGCCUUAUGCGAUUAAAUUUUGACUGUGCAAAUAUGCGAUGUAUGUUACCAUAUGAAGCCUCAAUUCAAAGUGAUCAGACUGGGGGGAUCAGUCCUUUUCUCCUGCAUUUGGUCAGUUCCGUCUGCCAUCUGCUGACCGUGACAUGCAGUUGUCUGGCAGAUGAUGAUUCCAUAAACCAAAGUGUCUAUAGAGACCGUACCUUUUCUGAACAUGAUGCAGGAUCUCCUCGUUUGUUAAUAUCCUGACAUGUUUGUGACAGACCACCAGACAUUUGAUUAUUUUACUUUGAAGUGAAUAACCAAACACCACUUGUGAUUGUGUUUUCUAAUGUGAAUCUUGGUUUUAAUGUUUGAACCAUGUCUCAUCUGUUUACAUGGAGUGGGUGGACCUUAAGACCUCUGAAUGUUUCGGCCUCACAUUUGGGGAGCUGUGUUUAAUCAGCUGUUGUGUUUCUUUUCACCGUGUUCCUCCUGUUGUUCCUCCCUCUCGGUUCUGUCAUCUUUCUCUCUUUUUUUCUCACUUCUCUUUCAGCUCCGUCCUGUCCCACCCGUCGCUGUUCUCCUUCUGUCUGUUUUGCUCCGUUCUUAAUAAGACGCUGUCACUUUACGACUCGUCCCUUUAUUGUAUGUCGUGUUGUGUUCCGUUUUGUCGCUCUGUCAUGUUGUGUCCCAUUAGUCCGUGUCCUGUCGUGUCAUUUUUUCGCUCUGUGGCGUUUUUGUUUUCAGUCAAAUCUUCGACAUUAACCCUCCUCCUCCUCCUCCUCCUCCUCCUCCUCGCUCUGCUAACUCCCUGUGGUAUCAAACGCGUCACAUACAGAUUCAAGGAAAGGCUAAGACUUAAUAAGUCAAUUAAAUCUUAGCCUGAGGUUGGAAAAUUAAAUUCAUUAUUUGGAUUAAAUUCAACUCACUGCUUAAACAGUUAGAAGCGUAAGAUGGAGUACAGCCUGCAGUAAUUACAAGCUGAUAAAAGCUGAGGAGUUAUCCGAAUAUUUAAUGAUGUAAAGAGUGUUUGGGGACUGGGAAGAUUGUUAACUCUCCUCUAUAAAAUGAAAUUGUCUUUCUGCAGGUCCUGACCCCCGAGGAGCUGAUAAAAGCCCAGAGGUCUGUCGCUUUCGGCUGCAUUAAAUACGCCGACCUCUCCCACAACCGCAUCAACGAUUACGUCUUCUCCUUCGACAAGAUGCUGGACGACCGCGGUAACACAGCCGCCUACCUCCUCUACGCCUUCACCCGUAUCAGGUACGACUGAGUGCAAACCAGAUUUAUUCCUCUCGUAAAUACUUUCAGCCUCUCCUCGAAGCGCGUCUCUCAGGCGAAGGUUCAAGUGUCGUUACCCUUGAAAGCUUUUAAGAGUCCAUGAAAGAAAACCAUCGUCUAAAAUACAGUCAAAGUUUGUGUUGGAGUGUCCCUGAAAGGAGCAACAAAAAGAUGAACUUGUUUGAUUCGGUUUUUAACGGAUCGUGCCAAAAUGUUGCUUUCAGCCAUUUCUGACUCACUUUCUCGAAACAGAUGAAAUAAAGAUCUCAGAGCACGGCUUUCAUCGUCCUUGAAGGAGAGUUUCUCCCUGCUGUUGCGACAAAGACGGAGUCUCAAGUAGUUCACUAAAUUUUUACGGCUUUAUUUUCUCAAGUUUGGAUUAAAGCUCGUACAGCGAGGUUGUAAACUGAACGUACUGACAUUGUCUGUAUUAUUUUCAGAUUUUACAGCAUCUUGAAUGUGAAGUGAAGUUCCUCUAACGCUUCCCUUUUUCCCUGUCCUGCUUGAGAACCUCCUAACAGGACCAGAACUCUUUCAUUAGCCAUAUCAGAUCAGCCUGGGUGAUUCCUCCGGGAUCCCGCGGCAGAGAACGAGUCUUUGGGGUAUUUCCAUUAUUCGGCCGGACCCAAUCUCUCCCAGCUGUAGAGCUCUCGUUGAUCCUUUUCCUCCCCAGCCUCCCUCAGGGUUUGAGUCAGUGUGGCGCAGUGUCCAGCAAAGAUUGAUCUGUCCCUCUUCAGAGAGGGGUCGUCUCGCCUGAACUGAUUCAGUGCUCCUGGAGUCAGUCGAUAGAGGACUCACUGGUGGCUGGUAGCCACUCAAGUAUCAGAAGACAACAACAAAAAAAGACCUGAGCACAGACGGACCUCAUGAGACUGUUCAGUAAAAAUAACCCACAAAAUCAGUUUUUAGGACAAGGACAGCCGCCGUUUUUCACCUGGUGCUCAGCUAAUAAAAGAUGCAUUAACAUCAACAAUUAUUUAAUAACUGCACAAACUUAGAGUGUUGAAAAUGAAAAUGAAAAAUGGUUAUGACUUAUUUUCCAAAUUUUUUUCUUCAGCUCAGUUGAAAAUGGGAUAAAUGGAUAAAUGGAUCACGACAGUCUUAUCUGAUUUAGACUUUUUCAUUGCUCUGAAUGAUUCUCGGGUCCAGUGACGCCGAAGGUUCACACCUGGGUCACUAAACAAAAAAGUCUAAAUCAGAUAAAACUAUUGUUGUCCAUUCAUCCCAUUUUCAUUUGAGCUGUAGAAAAUCAGAAAAUGAGGCGUUAUCUGUUUUUUCAUUUUCGUUUUAAAGACAAAUAUUUAGAAAAUUCAUUUUCUCGUUUUUUUUUCAUUUUUGGUUUUAUUUUGAAAAUUGAAUGAACACACAGAUUCUUUUUAGUGGUUUGUCUUUCUUAAAGGGAUACUCCGGCGUAAAUUUGAGCCAUUGUUAAACACAACAGAACACUGAGUUAGAACCCCCUCCCUCCAGAGAUGAAUGUUGCCGACAGCUCGCUUCCCAGUUCCACCAACUUCAGCAAAGACCGCACGAUAGCAAUACACAGCGGUCUAAGUCUCCACGCACAAAACACAACCAAAACACCACUCUAUAGCCACAAAUAAUGCUCAGAACAGCACUUAACUUCAUCAACAGGACAUAUAGGGUCACAGCAUGAAGUACUAGCCACCAAACGUACUUGCAGAGUAUUAGCAUUUGUAUCAAAUUGUCACAUGCGAACACACAGCUGAUUCAUGAGCCCCCCCAAAAUCACAUAUAGAUGUCCCACCAGUGAGAAACACCGAAUUGUCAAAAAUGCUAAAAGAAUCUAGUUGUAGUCUUGUAAAUAGUGACCCUGCAGGAUUCACAGUCUUUGUAAAUUCUCAGUCUGUGACUCAAAACUCUCAACACUUGUCUGUAGAUGUGAGCAGGUAUGAGCUGAUAGUUUUCCAGGAGUCUUUUCAAAAUCUUCUCAAAGUCCUCUGGUGGACAGUUUAAGUCAUACAUGGAAUAAAAUGAAGAGCCGUCUAAGCCGUUGAUAUUUUAUUGAUGGUUUUAUUGUCUUGCUCGUAGGUCCAUAGCUCGUCUGGCUAACAUCGACGAGGCGACUCUGAAGCAAGCAGCAGAGACCUCUGAAGUCCUCCUGGAUCACGAGAAGGAGUGGAAGCUGGGCAAGUGCCUCCUCAGAUUCCCCGAGAUCCUGCAGAAGAUCCUGGAUGAUCUGCUGCUGCACACGCUCUGCGACUACCUUUACGAGCUCGCCACCACCUUCACCGAGUUCUACGACAGCUGUUACUGCGUGGAGAAGGACAGGCAGACAGGUACGGUGUGGUGUGUGAAGAAAAUAAAGGCAGAAAUGACUCAAUAUUCUGCUCUCGUGGGGAGCUGGCUGAGUUUCACUCUGAGAGGGUUUUAAACUAAAAGCAGUCUGAACUCUUUCAGCGCUCCACUUGUCCCUGUUAGCAUUUUAUCCCUGCAGUAUGCUGAAGUGCUAACACUUCAGGCUUAGAGCUGUUUAAUUAUGCUAAUUCUCAGUUAGCGCUGUGGCAGUAACCUCAGCCAGAGGGAUUUUUUUUCACAUCAUUUUACUUUGUUGACUGAUGGAGUGUGUCUGUUUGUGUGUUUCUGAAAUCCUGAGAUCUGUAGCUUCACCUGCUCUCAGCUGAGAAUCUUUGGCAAUAAAACAGUUUAAAAUGUAAAUAAUUUUAAAAAAUCACAUUAAACUCAACAGCCUUGGUUGACUCCUCCUUUAGAGACUCAUGCAGGGUUUACAGAGUGGUCAGCCAGACCGGGAAAGACAUCCCCCUUUGUGUUUAACUCCCUGUCUCCGGUGUUGUGUUUGGUCCCAGCCUGACUGGGUUCUCACAGCUGCUGAGCCCUGUUAUGAGGCUGGCUGUCCUGGCUCUAGUCCUGGAGCCCAUUAAGACUCAACUUCACGCUUUUAUUCCCCGUUCAGUCCCCUCCACCCAAAGCUUUAAAUCCUUGACCUUUCAACAGGCGGAUCUCAGGUGUAAACACCAAAGUCUCAGGUUAUCCAAGCUCCUGUACAGAAAAAAGAUCCAUGAAAUACCUUCUCCAUGAAAUAAGAAUGAGUUUCGCUUGCAGCCAGGUUCAAAAUAGCUCCCCCUGGAGGUUUGGAGCACCUGCUGCGACGACUUCAGUCUGCUGUUUUUUCCUGCUGCAUUCUCGGGUCUUGGUUCUCGUCCUUUGAGCUUGAUUGAUAAUAACCAAUAAGCAAUAAUAAGCAAACAAGUGUUUUGUUGAGUAUUUUAAGGCGAGGAAAAAGGGGCGUGUCUGUUCCCGAACUAGAGUGUUUAAAGGGUUUUAACUCUCAGGCAUUUCUAAUUCUUUAAGGCGGCCAGCCCUCUUCUCUCUCAUCAGCAUCACUGUGCUGUCUGACUGUUUGUGAAAAUUACAAACUAAUUUUUCUGUCUGUCAGAGAGCACGGACGUAAUGAUCUGUCUGUUUAAUUCACCCUCUGCUGCUCGUUACUCUUAAUUUUAUUGGAUUUUUGCUCCAUGUGGUGAUUUGUUCUGAUGGUUUGGACUCGUCUGGCUGAUGAGUGGAGAUAAGACGUCAGGGUCAUUGAUUUCCACUCACUGCUGUGUGAUUGUAGCCCAUUAAACACGACCUCUGACCUUUCUCUUGGUUAAUGUUGUUCUCCGCUCACCUCUGGCUCUGUUUCCUCUCUCGUUGACCUGAAUGACAGCUCACUCCGUCUGUUUUUGUUUGUCUUAUUCUUUCUGGUUCCUUCUCUUCACCUUUUCCCUCCAAAUUUCAACUUUUUCUUCUUUUUCUGUGACUUGUACUCUUUACGAGGUUUGUGUUCUUCCUCAGCUCAAUCAAUAAUUGCCAAUAUCUGCUUCUCUCUGCAGGUGAAGUAGUGAAGGUGAACAUGUGGAGGAUGCUGCUCUGUGAGGCCACGGCGAAGGUCAUGGCCAAAGGUUUCGACAUCCUGGGUAUCAACCCUGUCCAGAGGAUGUAAAGUCUUUGGGAUCAGACCAGCCUCUGACUCCUGGCUCACCUCAAUCCAGAAAGGGACUGGAGGGUGGAUGUCUCACUUGCAUUGUUGCCAAAAACUCACCUGACUUUCAGAAGCCAUUGCUACGAAGUUGAAGUAUUAAAAGUUAAAAUCUCAUUUUGAUCCAUGGCUUUAAUCUCUCAUGUAAAGUAUCAUUUUUAUUAAAGCAUCAAGUCACUUCACCCUU